AACCAAACUGAAGAGGAUCAGAGGAGCAACACGGCAUCAGGAGGAAGGACUGUGUGCUGACAGACGACAGAGGAAGAGGUGGAAAAAGAGGAGGAGGAGAGAGGAGAAGGAGGAGGAGCUGAGGAGGAGGAGGGGAGAGGAGGAGGCAACGAACCACCCACAGAGAGAAAGUUUCCUCACACAGACUCACUCACUGUAUUUACGUCUGACAGCAGCUGACAACGGAAACUUAGAGAGAAGAAGGAAAACUCUGCAGGGUCUGAUCACGUGAGUGUCAGACACCGAGACCAGAAGGAAAACACUGAAGUUCAGCUGAUCUAAGAGUAGCAGACUCACAGAGGUGCAUCAUGGGAACAUCUUAAGUCCAUGCCGACACAGACCUGAACACCUUCGUCCUCUGGUUCCUCCUCCACACCCACCCAGCAUGCUGCACAGGUUACCCCAGCGCAGGAGCUCUCCAGGUGGGGCGGGACGGCUGCUGCUGCUCCCUCUGCUCCUGGGACUGACGGUGAUGAUGAUGAUGGCGGCGGUGGUGGUGGAGGCAGCGAGCGUUGAAGAGGUGGACAGCGAGGAGAGUGAGGAGAUCCUGGAGGAGGACGAGUCUGUCAGCACUGAGAUCCUGGAGCCGCUGUCCUCCGACCUGUCCAGGGUGACUCCUCUCAGCUCCUGGCUGAUCUUCAGAAGAAACUCCAACAAGGGGGACAACCGCAAAACCAAAGGGUCCCGGAGAACCUCCAAGGUCAGACUGACAAGAACCUCCAUCCUGCAGCAUGGUCUUCCAGGACCUCCAGGACCUCCAGGACCUCAGGGGCCCCCGGGCCCCCCCGCCCCCCUCCUGCCUCAACAACAGGAGCUGAUCCAGGAGCUGCAGCUCAAACUGAGAGACAUGGCAGGAGGAGUGUGUUUCCUGUGUGAUCGUCCUCCUCGUGUCUCCACCUCCUUCCUCAGUCGCCUCCUGCAGGCCGUUACCAUCCCACGACGCAGCCUGCUGGAGCUGCAGCCAUUCAGCCAGCCCUCAGACUCAGAGCGGAGCCUCCAGAGAGGCCAAAGCUUCAACAGCAGCACCGGCCGAUACACAGCAGCCGUCUCCGGCUUCUACCAGCUGACUGCCAGCCUGCUGAUAGAGUCAGGUGACAGAGCUCAGGUGCGGAUCAGAGACAGUGUGAAAGCAGCGAUCUGCAUCGAGUCCCUCUGCCAAAGUAACCUCUCUGUGGAGUCGGUGAUGGGCGUGGCAGCUGCAGGAGGAACGUUCAGCAUCUUGCUGACAGGAACACUUUAUCUCCAGGCUGGAGAGUACGUGUCGGUGUUUGUGGACAACGCCACCGGCUCGGCCAUCAGCGUCCUGCAGGACUCUCUGUUCUCUGGGAUCCUGCUGGGAGUCUGAACUCCAGCAGAGACCACGUCAGCCUGCACACAUGCGCACCUGUUGUUCCACGUCCUCAUCUGAUCCUCUCAGUCGAUCUGAAAAUACUUCAUAUACAGCUUUAUUAAGCUGAAAUCUUCACUGGAGCCGCUGAGCUAACAGUGUUAGCAUGCACCCCAUCUGAAGUUACUGCAUGAGCUUGAGGCUGUAAAUCUGGUCUGAGAUCAGUUGUGAUGUGUUCUGUCCUGCAGACUGUGAUCACAGCAGACGAGCUGAUGGAAACAUCUGAUGUUUAAAUCACGUCUCAGCUGCUUCAGUUGUUCAGCAGAACACUGCAGCUCUGUUUUACUGUGAAGCUCCUGAACUGUUCUGUGAUCUACAACACUUCACCUGAGGUUCUUCAGGGUUCUCCAGCAGUCACACUUCAGUCUGCUCUGACGGACGUGAGUCUCACUGAACACAGCAACACUGUUGAGGACAACGUUGAGUUGUUGAUUGGACCGACAGGCUGAUUCACAGUGAGAGUUAAACAUGAACAUUGUUUCAGUAAAGACGUCUGAGCAUCUGAAAUCUCUUCAUAUGUUGAUUUACUCUGAAAUCAGCUGUGUUGGUCAGAUCGGAGGUGAAGUGAUCUGAGAGUGUAAACACUGAAAUGAUUUUGUGGAGGGGUUUUCUCAUUCACUUCAAUGCAGGCUGUUUCCUUGGAGCACCACCUGGUGGACAUUAGAGGCAGUGCAGUCGUGGUUGUUGGGCUGAUGUUAAUAUUUAUUUUGUUAAAUCUUUAUACUGAAGCUGUUUCAUGCCAGUAUUCUGUUUUACUACCAGAAAGAAAGUAAAAGCUGAAACUGAGUUUUAGUAGCAAACAGACGUUUCUUGAGAGAAAUAUUAAAAAUUAUCACCUGAACCUACAAACCUUCAUCAGUGUUUCUAAUGUGGAUCAACAGCACUGUUACAUGAUGGUGUGAUGGCUGUCGUUAUUAUUAAUAUUUAUUCUCUGGAUGUGAUGAACAAGUUGUGAAUAAUUCUGAAAUAAAACCUUUAUAUCGCU